AACCUUAUAGGUGAAGAAAUCUCCCCAACUCAAACCCUAAAAAGGGAAUGACAAAUAAAAAAAAUCACAUAGAUGGUUAUAGACGCGUAUACACUACAUGAGGAAAUGUCUAGAAAUCAUAAAAGGAACCAAAACUCCUUUUCUUUUUCUCGUUAACAAAGCAUUUUCUCACCUUUAAUUUGUCUUUGUUCUCCUUCUCUCUUCUCACUUUCCUUACUGAUUUUGUGCUCUCUUCGCAUUUCUCUUUGGUAGUCUUGCUUCAUCUCCUUAGUUUUGCCCUUUUUCUUUGAUUCUCCCCACCAAGUUUUUCCUUUGGAGUUUUUUCCUAAAGAUCCAUUAAACUUUAUUAAAGAAGAAAGUAGAAAGAAAUAAAAAGGGCAUAGAAGAGCAAUGGUUUUCUCAUCCAAUUGGUCACAGCCUACGAAUCCGAAUCAGCUUCAACUUAACGAAAAUGGAAGUUUAGUGAAUGGCCACGGACUACUUUCUCACCAACUUCCACCUUUCCCACCAAACCCUAACCCUAACCACCACCAUGCCGCUGCCUCCAGUGGUCUUCCGGCGAGGCUUGGUGGAUUCAUGGCGGAGAGAGCGAACCAAACCAAAGCUCCUCGGCCUGAGGGAGCCCUAAAGUGUCCUCGAUGCAACUCCAUCAACACUAAGUUCUGUUACAACAACAACUACAACCCCACUCAGCCUCGCCACUACUGUAAGGGAUGCCGCCGCUACUGGACACAUGGCGGCAAAUUGAGGGACGUCCCCGAAGGUGGCCGCCGCCGGAGAAAUAGCAAAAAGAAUAAAAAUGGUAAUGCAAAAUCUUCUUCCACGGUCAACGCUCCGAGUUCUAGCUCAGGACAGCUAAGGACAAACCAUCAGUUCCCGUUUUUACCAACUCUUCAAAAUCUCACUCAGCUUGGAGGUAUCGGUUUGAACUUAGCUGCUGCUAAUGGCAACAACCAAGCUCACCACAUCGGUCCAAGUUUGAUGAAUGAUUUAGGGUUUCUUCAUGUCGGAAAUGAACGAAACAGUCAUGACAACAACAACAGUGAAAACAACCUAAUGGGGCCUGGUGGAUUCCCUCUCUUCGAUCCAACGUCAGGACCAUACGGUUUCCAAAACGAGGGAAAUAUCGGAAACGACGUCGGGUUAUCUUUUCCCUCUACUUCCAUGGUUGAUUCCAGUAUUUACCAAACAGGUCCGGUGAAGAUGGAAGAACAACCCAAUCUGGUUAAUUUGUCUAGACCGGUCUCCGGUUUGACACAUCCGGUGAAUCAAACAAACCAGUACUAUUGGAACAAUUCGGAUUUCUCGGGUCCUUCUUCUAACGAUCAUCACCAACUCUUGUGAGAAUAUUAGAUCGUCAAUAAAUAUUACGACGCGGGGAGAUUGAUUUACAUGACCACGAAUGGUCAUAUGAUCAAAUGCAUGCAAACUAAAAGGUAUCUAAUCAGGUGUGGUAUACAACUUAAGAUCGUACGUAUAUAUAAUCAGGUGUGUCAUAUAUAUAUAAACUUUGUAGAGUGUGGUUUUAUGGUUGAAUUGAUUCUGAAGUUAUUAGCUUUGUCUCUCAACAAAUUCGUGUCGUGUGUGUAACAGUCCAGUUUAUAUACCUAUUAAUCUCAUGGAAUAUAUAAUGAUUUUCAGUUAUUUC